UUGAAAUUGGGGGGUUUAGGGUUUUCAGUCCUGCGCAAGAUUGAUUGAUUCACUUUAGGGUUACCAAGGUUCCAGCAUUCAGGUACUUGUUUCUAAUGGUUGUUUUCAAUUCGAUUUAGGAGCAAAUUUAUAAGUUUUCUCCAUAUCUGAUCAGCCGUUUCUACACUCAACAGGUACUUCCUUUUCCAAAUUUAAUUUCGGGAUUUUCUUGAUUUGAAUGCUUGUAAUAAUAAUUGGUCACAGUUGGAGAUGAUUUUCAAGGUUUGAUUUGGGUUUUGUGGCCAAUUGUUUUUCAACAAGUGGUGGUGUGAGUUUGAAAUCAAUAAUAAUCAUAUCAAGGUUAAACAGAAGCAAUGUCAAUCAGCAGCAUUCCCGGUGAGAUUUUCAUUUUAAUCAUAUCAAGGUUACCAGUAAGAUCUGUAUUAGCAUGCAAAUGUGUAUCUAAGAGUUGGAAAAACCUAAUUUCUGAUCCCGAUUUCGUGCAAAUGCAUCUUAAUUUCCAUAAACAAAACUCCAAUUGUCUGAUUGGUGUUGUUGGUCAACAAGACAACAAUUUUCAAAUUCACUCAAUUGGUUAUGCCUCAUUAGCAUCGCUAUUACUGCCUGAAAUGUUUAUCGAAGAUGAGAGUGAUGAUAAUGUUGUUGAAGAGGAUGAUUCAUCAUCAACAUUGAGUGAGGAUUCAGCACUCAGUAGGAUUGAUGGUAAUGCAGCUCAAACGGAUUAUCCAUUUAAGGAUUUAGGACUUACUGUGGAUUUAUUUGGUUCGUGUAAUGGAAUUGUCUGUCUAUGGUUUCAUGACGACGACCGGGAAGUUCUGGAUGAUUUCUUUUGUCUUUGGAACCCAGCAACGAAUGAAUACAAGAGAAUAUGUGAAGCACCAGGAAGAUAUAGAUACACCGACGUCAAAUUAUAUGCUUUUGUUUAUGAUCCCAUGGUAGACGAUUAUAAGUUCAUGAUUGGUGUACCUGUAUUCUCUGAACAAGAAAGAAGUGAAAUGGGCUCUUUAAUCCAUCUCUAUUCGUUAGCAACAGAUUCAUGGAAGAGCUUUCCAACACCUUGUGAUUUCGAUUCGGCUAAAAAACCUGGGGUACUUUUUAAUGGAGAUCUUCAUUGGGAUGCCUCCCAUCCCAAUAGAUCGAUAGUCUCUUUGGAUAUUAGGAACGAGGAAUUCAAAGCAAUUCAACCACCAUCAGGACCCUUAGAGCUUCUUCUCGUGGGGGUAUUGGAAGAGCGCCUCUGUGUACUUGUUGAAGAUGAAAAUGAUGCUAUUGACAUAUGGAAAAUGGAAGUUUAUGGAGAUCCGGAAUCAUGGACUAAACGUUAUACCAUUUCCCAUAAGAUAAUAACUAGUAGAAUUGGUCAUCAUUGCUCUUUUUUGAGGUUUAUGUGGUCAUUUGAAAAUGGUGUUAUUCUAUUCAAGGACUCCGGUGACCUAUGUUUUUAUGACCCAGAGCAUGGGAGUGCUGCUGAAUAUAAUCUGAACUAUAUGUCGGCAGAGAAUUAUUCAGAAAGCUUAGUUUCAUUAAACUCAGGUAUCCAUGUGGGCGGAAGAAUGGCAAAUAGUUCAUACACGGAGCUUCAGAUUCUUGAGAAUAGAAACUCAGUUCUUGAAGCACGUAAUAUCCAAUUGGUUGCUAAUAAUGCUGAACUACAGAAAAAGCUUCACGAGUCUCAAGUAGCGUAUCAACAUCUAGAACAACAUGUUAAUGCUCAGAAAGAGGUAGUUGGGAGUAAAAAAAACGAAGAAGAAGAAACUGCUAUGACCAAGAGAAACGGUCGAAAGAGGAAGGCGCAAUGCCAACAUAAUACAAGGAAGGCCUCGAAAGCGGUUGCAGCAAGUCCACGAGAAAGCACAAUUUUCGAAGGUGAGAGUCUCAUCUUGCUGCAGAGAGCUGAGCAACAGCAAGCUAAACUUGUCCAAUUAUCAACUGGUGGUAGUCUGGAGCCUUACGAAAUCAAAGACGGGUCUAAGAGUCACUCUACUUCUAAGGACUCUUACCAAAAGAUGACCGUAAAAAGCCAGCACGCUCUUCUAAAAGAAAGAGGUUUGAUGGUGAAAGGAAAGAAGGAUGAGCUCAGGGGCAUUUGAGAACCUUCCAGAACAUGCUUUUGAAGAAUAUAGCACCUUGGGAGAGAACUAAUUCAAGAUCAGAGUCUGUGCCUUAUGUGGCGUUAGAUGGUUGAUCACUUGGUGCGUUAGAUGGUUGAUCACUUGUAUCUCAAAAUGUGUGAAAUUUGGAGCAUUCUUUUCAACUGAAUGAAAACAUUAGUUGUGCAAGUACAAAACUUCUUUCGGGCAAGUCGUGUAAUUGUUGUUACUUUUGCAAAAGAUAGUCACCGUAGUGUAUUUAAACUCUGAUUUCUAAACAACUGUAUGUCUUUUAUUUGUACUGCGAGAUGAUUCAACGACUUUUGUACUUCUAAUGGCAGGGAAACAUAUUAUCUGCUACAUUCAAUGUAAGGAAUUAUCCAAUGCUACUGCGCCUCCAAGACGCAUGCC